AUGGAUUACUUACAAGAAAACAACGCAAUAGAUUUGAAGGACAUCAAUUUAUUAGAAGAAGAUGGUGAUAGUGGAACUAUCUUGGACGAGGAAGGUAUUGAUAAGGAAGACAACGAAAAGCACUCUGAGGAUGUCGUUUCUCCGUGUGUUGGGAUGUAUUUUGACAGUGUUGACGACGUCAAGAAAUUUUACAAAGAAUACGCUAUUAAAAGUGGUUUCAGAACAAGAAUCAGAACUUCGAGAAAAGACGAUGACAAUCAAUUAUGUUACUUCAAAUUAGUGUGUUCGCGGGAGGGAAAGUGUGUGUCGUCCAUACCACCUGAAAUGAAGACACUGCCCACACAAAGAAAACAAUGUCCUGCGUGCAUUACUGUCGUUAGAAGAGAAGAUAAAUGGAUGAUUAGCAAUGUGGUCCAUGAACACAAUCAUGACGUAAGUCCCUCCAAGUCAAGACUAAUUCGUGGGAAUAGGAAGUUGAAUAUGCAAGCCAAAAGAACCCUUGACAUAAAUGACGAAGCGGGUGUGCGUAUUCACAAGAGCUUUCUUUCUUUGGUGUGUGAUGCAGGGGGGUUUGAGAACUUGCAUUUUGUCGAAAGAGACGCAAGAAACUAUAUUGGUCAGCAACGACGCGCUUUAGGGAAGGAAGGUGACGGACAAGCUUUAUUAAAUCAUUUUUCCAGUAUGAGGGAGUUGAACAAAGACUUCUUUUUUGAAAUUGAUGUUGAUGUAGAUAAUCGCAUAACCAAUAUAUUUUGGGCAGACGGAAGGAGUCGGGCUGCAUGUGCAGAUUUUGGUGACAUUGUGUCCUUCGACACCACAUACUUAACUAAUAAGUACGAUAUGCCUUUUGCACCAUUUGUGGGUGUUAAUCACCAUGGUCAGUCAAUCUUAUUAGGGUGUGAGCUUAUAUGUGCUGAAGAUACUUGCAUGUCCACAACUCAAAGAAGUGAGAGAAUGAAUGCUUUCUUUGAUGGGUUCAUCAACUCUACUACAACACUCCAGCAAUUUGUUGUCCAAUAUGACAACGCCCUUCGUUCUAAGGCGGAGAAAGAGUGCAAAUCAGAUUUUGCUUCUGCUAAUACUACCCUUCCAUGUGGGUCUCAGUCAUUUAUUGAGAGACAAUUUCAAGAUGAAUACACUGAUGCGAAGUUUGGUGAAGUGUAA